AUGCCAGGGGAGAAGCUGAAUGCUAAGGUGGAGGCCCUCACGUCAACGAGGACUCAGCUCCCGUAUGAGUAUUACGUUCUGCCGUUCUGCCGUAAUGCUCUCAAUCUUGGAGAAGUUCUCAGAGGAUCCAGAAUCUACAACACACCAUAUUCCUUCAACAUGGGUGUGAACCAGAACUGCAAGAUUCUUUGCCAUAAGGAAUACACCCAAGAGGAAGUGCAGGAAUUUGCUCUCAUGAUUGAAGAGGAGUAUCGUGCACACUUCUUGUUGGAUAACCUCCCAGUUGCAAUGACUGUCUUUCAUGAAAACGGUCCAGAACUUACAUAUGAGACUGGGUAUCCCAUCGCCACCAAGCAUUCGUCGGAAAGCCGCAAGAACUCCAAGCCGCAGAUUGCUCUCUUCAAUCAUUUGCGUUUCACAAUCUUGUAUCACGAGGACCCAAAGAAGCAUGCACAGCGAAUCGUUGGAUUUGAAGUUGAACCGCUUAGCGUGAAACAUACGUACCUCAACAAAGUUGACUUUGAGGAAUGCCUCGGGCGACAGUCUGGGGAGAAUGGCCUCUGCAACCUGAACACAUGCUCUGCCAAGAAACAAAGGAGGACAGAAGUACUUUGGACCUAUGACGUCAUUUUUCAGCCAUCCAAGAUCAAAUGGUCUACUCGGUGGGACACCUAUCUCCAGUCAGCAGAUGAUGCUCAAGUACACUGGUUCUCCAUUUUGAACUCAUUCAUGAUUGUUCUUUUCCUUUCUGGUCUGAUUGCUAUGAUUAUGAUCCGGACACUGCGCAAGGAUUUUGAUCGUUACCAGAGGAAGGAUGUGAUUGAGGAAGGUCAGGAGGAGACAGGUUGGAAGCUUGUGCAUGGUGAUGUGUUCAGACCCCCAAUCAUGAGUGGCUGGCUUUCUGUCAUGAUUGGAACGGGAGUGCAGUUAUCGGUUUCCGCCUGUUUCCUGAUGAUUUUUGCAUGCUUUGGGUUUCUUUCCCCAGCAAACCGAGGAGCUCUUAUGCAAGCCAUGCUGUUUCUUUUCGUUUUUAUGGGAAUGGUUGGCGGCUACACUUCUGCUAGAUUCUUCAGGAUGUUCAAAGGAAACAGGUGGAAGAGCAACAGUUUGUGGACGGCAAUGCUAUUCCCUGGCUUCGUCUUCGCCCUGUUCUUUGUUUUGAAUCUCAUGAUCUGGGGUCAGAAAUCAUCUGGGGCAGUUCCUUUUGGUACCUUGUUUGCUCUUCUAUCCAUGUGGCUGUUUAUCUCCACACCCUUGGUUAUCGUUGGAUCGUACUUUGGCUUCCGCAAACAGCCCAUCGAAUUUCCAGUGAGGACGAAUCAGAUUCCUCGACAGGUGCCCAUCCAGCCAUGGUUUGUGAAUGGGCCAUUAAACAUCCUCGUGGGUGGAGUCCUACCCUUUGGAGCUGUCUUUGUCGAAGUGUUCUACGUGCUUUCCUCGAUCUGGCUUCAUCAGUUCUAUUACUUGUUCGGCUUCUUGUUUCUCGUCCUCCUCAUCCUCCUGAUGACUUGUGCUGAGGUGACGAUAGUAUUGUGCUACUUUCAGUUGUGCAGUGAAAAUUAUCACUGGUGGUGGAGAGCAUAUUUCACAGCUGGGUGUUCCUCUCUCUAUCUUUUUCUGUACUCAAUGUAUUACGCCUACACCAAACUUCAGAUGGCAAGAGCAGUCGCAGGCCUUCUGUAUGUGGGCUACAUGCUGAUCGUGUCGGUCUCGUUCUUUCUUAUCACUGGUUCUUUUGGCUUCAUUGCUUGCUUCAUCUUUGUGAGACACAUCUACUCGUCAAUCAAGAUCGAUUAG